GCUCGCGCGCCUCUCCAAGCUCAAUUCAUCCACCACCGGUGUCUCAUAUCUCUCCCUCAUCGAUUCUCUCCCAGCUCCAUCCUAGUCUACUACUACCACUACGCCGCCGCUCAGCUCAGCUCAAACCGUCGAACCAAGUUGACCACCAGGACCAGUCCCCUCCACCACAAAACAACGAGAGGCACAGCUAGCGGUGAGAUGUCCUCGCUGAGCCCGCUCAACACAGACCGAACCUUUCACCUCGCCUCCCCGAAGCCGCAGAGCCCCCGGGAUGCCUGCGCCGCGCCGCUGAGGUCGCCCUCGCCCAGGGUCGUCGCCGGGCCGCCCAAGAAGAAGAAGAUGGCGCGCGGAGGACUCGAGCGCUCCAUCAGCUUCAAGAACUGGGAGGCCGAUGAGGGACGAUGCAUCAACGGCGCCAGGCCCGGGAGCCUCGUGCUCCAGAGCCCCGGGACCAGGGAGCUGCAACUGCAGCAGCCGUCGCCUUCCGUCGUGUGCUUCGUCUCCCCGAAGCCCAAGAGCGAGCUUGACGAUGCGGCCACCAAGUUACAGAAGCUCUACAAGGGGCACAGGUGCCGGAGGAACAUGGCCGACUGCGCCAUUGUCAUAGAGGAGCUCUGGUGGAAGGCCUACGAUUCCGCGUCUCUCAACAUCAAGUCCAUCUCCUUCUUCGACGAGGCCAAGCAGGAGACGGCGGCUUCCCGGUGGUCCAGAGCCGGCAAGAGAAUCGCCAAGGUCGGCAAGGGGCUGUCCAAAGACGAGAAGGCCCAGAAAUUAGCGCUGCAGCAUUGGCUCGAAGCUAUUGACCCACGCCACCGCUACGGCCACAACUUGCACCUCUACUACGACAUAUGGUCUGCGAGCUCCAGCACAGAGCCAUUCUUCUACUGGCUGGACAUCGGCGCCGGAAAGGACGUCCAUCACCAAAAGUGUGCAAGAAGCAAGCUCUACUCCCAGUUGAUCAUGUACCUUGGACCGAACGAGAGGGCAGAUUAUGAGGUUAUUGUGGACAAGGGGAAGCUCAUGUACCGGAGAAGUGGAUUUCUUGUCGAAACCACCGAGGAUUCCAAAUGGAUAUUCGUGCUGAGCACAACUAGAUCACUAUACAUCGGACAGAAGAAGAAGGGUAAAUUUCAGCACUCGAGUUUCCUAGCCGGUGCGGCGACAACUGCUGCUGGUAGAUUGGUCGCCAAAGAUGGCAUUCUUAAGGCGAUCUGGCCGUAUAGCGGUCACUACCUCCCAACAGAGGAGAACUUCAAAGAGUUCAUCAGCUUCUUGGAGGAGAACAGUGUCGAUCUAACCAACGUCAAGAGGUGUUCCGUCGACGAUGACGAGUACCCAUCAUUCAAGAAGACCACAGAUGAGCAACCCACUGAAGUCGAGCAAGAAGAGAAGCCUACUGAAGUGGAACAUGAUCAGACUUUGGACAGCUCACAAAUCCAACUGCCUGAGAUGGACAUCGUCAAGGAAAUGGUUGCCGAAGACAGCGCAGAGACCGAGGCAGCAACGGCGAACCUGGCCAGCCUCCCGUCGUUCAAGUGGGCAACCGCUGCCGGCGCGCGGAUCGGCUGCGUCCGGGACUACCCGGCCGAUCUCCAGAGCAUGGCUCUCGAGCAUGUCAAUCUGUCACCAAGAGUGGUGCCAUCUCCGAGAACCAACAGGCUACCGAUCCCAUCACCUCGCCCGAGCCCGGGGGUCAGGUUGUCACCCAGGCUGCAAUACAUGGGCCUUCCUACCCCGCCCGGUCGCCGGCUCCCGAUCCCGAGCCCGGAGAUCAGGAGGUCUCCGGGGCAGCAGUUCUCCGGGUUCCAGACGCCGGCAGUGGCUCUCACUCUCCCCAAGCACAAGGGCAAGUGAUUUUCCAUGCCGCCAUCUCGCCCUGCUGUUAUCGAAGCUAUAACAGCAUUUUUUUAGAUAGUUAUGGCUAGAUCAGGGAUAACAAUUUUGUUUCUUACUACUUGGUUCUUUUGUUGUGUGUGUGUGUGUGUGUCACCAUUCUUUAGUAUGUUCAUCUCUUUCUUCUUUUAACCCGAGGUGCAUCAGCUCCACGGUGUAAAAAUAGGGGCCGUGUAGUCUGCUGAACUCACAGCUUUGCAAAUAAGGCAUGUAACUCUCCUGAUUAUUUUGGUAAUAAAAGGGUUUUUUUGUUCA